AUGGCAUUCACGAUGCACUCCCACUCGGGGCAGUUCUGCCCCGGCCACGCAAAGGACCAGCUCGAGGCCAUCAUUCAGCAUGCCAUCAGCAUAGGCUACAAGACCAUGGGCCUGACGGAACACAUGCCCCGUCUGGAUAUCGCAGAUCUCUAUCCUGAAGAACUCGAAGACGGCGACCCCGAAGGCGCCCUCUCCGUCCUCGCCCCGCGUCACGAAGCUUAUCUCGCCGAGGCUCAACGCCUGCGCGAAAAGUACGCCUCCCAGAUCCACCUCCUCAUCGGCUUCGAGGGGGAAUGGUACCGCCCCGCCUACGGGCCCUUCAUCAAGUCCCUCGCCUCCCACCCGGCGGUCGACUACUUCAUCGGCUCGCUGCACCACGUUAACGCCGUGCCCAUCGACUACAGCCGUGAGAUGUACAUUGACGCGAUGAAGACGGCAGGCGGCAACGAGGAGCAGAUGUACGAGCGCUACUACGACCAGCAGCACGAGAUGCUGACGGCGCUGGAGCCGCGCGUAGUGGGCCACUUCGACCUCGUGAGGCUGAUGAGCGAGGACCCCGGGCGGGACGUCAGGAAGUGGAAGGGCGUGUGGGAGAGGAUUGUGAGGAAUCUUGGGGUCGUGAAGGGGUAUGGCGGUUUGUUGGAGUGCAAUAGCAGUGCGUUGAGGAAGGGUCUCGAUGAGCCCUACCCUUGUCGGGCUAUCGCCGAGACUUGGCUCGAGAUGGGCGGACGGUUCACGUUCUCCGACGACAGCCACGGUAUCGCGCAGGUUGCGACGAACUACAAGCGCAAUUUAGACUAUCUCGAGAGCUUGGGCGUCAAGGAGGUGUACACCUUUGAACGCGGGCCUGUGGAGGGCGUCAACGGGAAUGCGAAAGCGGCGUUGCGGGAGAAGGGUGUUGCGUUGAAAAUGUUUCGGGAGAACUUCAAAUAG